CUCGAAAUUCCUUACACAGUAAAGAGAGAGGGAAAGACUACUCAGUAUAACACAGAAAGAGUGAAGGGACACACACACUUCUCUGCCCGUCGAUCAUGCCUAUAAACGGACUCGUCAAUCUCCAUCUCUCCGAAUCAGACCAACAACAACCCUCCGCUGCCCAGUCUAUCGCUCUCCGCCUUCAACGAGCCCUACUCUCUUGCCCCAAAUCUAUCGAAGGCGGAGAUUUUAGCAAAUUAGAAGAAGCAAUAUCCGAGCUUGUUGAUUUCCUGAAUUCAAUCUCUGAUGCAAUUGCAUCAGAAUCACAAAAUGAAGACUCGGACGAGAUCGUAUUCGAGGUUUUAUCCCAAAUUCAUGGAUUCGUAGGUUCGUCUUCAGUGGACCAGGUGGUUCUGGAUGCCCUUUCAUUCGAGUUGCCGAAGGCGGUUGCGAGGUUUGCCUGCGUCUCAAAAAGGUGUCCGAAUAUUGCUGAGGAUAUCAUUGAAGUGUUUAUAGAAACUUGUGGUCCGCGGGAUAUGCUUCCAAUUCUUUGCGAGGCAUUAGGUGCUCCAAGCAAUAAGUUCGGCAUACCUGGUUAUUUUUCUCCUCUUCUAGGUGGGCUUGCAAAAGUCACCACAAAGCAACAAUCACAAUCCAAGCACAACCCAGAACCACACAGCAGGCCUUACAGGACACACAAAGGCCAAAGAAAACAAUGGACAAAGCAAACAACAGAUGUGGAAACUGGAAGAGAUCUCAAACAUCUAGACCACGAACAACAAAAAACUAGGCUGGUGAACAGAUGGAGCAGAUCUGGAGCAAGGCGAAGCCAGCUGCAGGAGAUAUAG